GGUCUCGGGCCCUCAGGCGGAGCGGCGGCGCCGGACCCCCAGGUGGAGCGACAGGUCUCGGCCCUCAGGCGGAGCGGCGGGCGCCGGACCCCCCAGGAGGAGCGACAGGUCUCGGGCCCUCAGGCGGAGCGGCGGGCGCCGGACCCCCAGAUGGAGCGACAGGUCUCGGGCCCUCAGGCGGAGCGGCGGGCGCCGGACCCCCAGGCGGAGCGACAGGUCUCAGGCCCCCAGGCGGGGCGGCGGGCGCCGGAUCCCCAGGCGGAGCGGCGGCGCUGGACCCCCAAGCGGAGCAACAGGUCCCGGGCCCCCAGGCGGAGCGGCGGGCACCAAGUCACCAGGCACGACAGUGGGCUCCGAGUCAACUGGUAUGACCGCAGGCACUGGGUCAGACAUUGUAUGGUCUGGCUGGACAGCGGCAUCGGGUCACCAGAGCAUCAGGUCAUUUGGCUCGACAGCGGCACUGCGUCAUCUGGCAAGGCAGUGGGCUCCGAGUCAACUGGUAUGACCGCGGGUACUGGGUCAGACAUUGGAUCGUCUGACCGGACAGCGGGCAUCGGGUCACCAGGC